CAGAAAAAGUCACAUUUUAAUUUUCUAUUUUUACACAGCAGUUGACAUUCUCCCCAUCUGGAACUUGCGCAAGGAAAUUGAGAUGGCACAACACCCAGCUCUGACUCUGAAGUUUUCUAAAGUUAUUAAUGGAUUCUCACAUGAAGAUCUCCUCAAGAUCACGGAGUACUACAAGCCUCAGCUGGCCUACGUGAUGAACUUUGACAUCAGCAGCGUCCUGCAGCUCCUGGUCACCAAGUGCAUUCUCACCAAUGAUGAGGCAAAGGAAGUCAAAGUCAAAGUCAAAGAAGAGUCUGAGGGCACACCAGGUGUGGAGUCCUUCAUUGAUGAGGUGAUGAAGAAGGACAAAGCAGUGCUGGUCAGCCUGUGGGAGGUGCUGUCUGAAGAAUUUGUGAGAUGUCCAUCACCAAAUGUGAAAGGAAUCCUGGAUGAGGUGACCGAGUGGGGACCAGACCUCUUGAAGGAGAUCCAGGCGAGCACCCAGUCACCUACCCUUGAGCCUCAUAUUAAAGACCUCCAUGAGACACACAGAUUCACUGUGUCUGAAUCCACAAGACCUCUGUUCGAUCAGUGCCCAUCUGGAGAUCCACUCACUAGCACGGUGGGCCUUGAGACUCAAUACACAGAGCUGAUGGUCAUCAAACAGGACAUUAAAGAUGAACUUGCAAAGGAUGGGAAGACUCAGGAAAGACUGGAGGAAGGGGGAGCAACAAAGAACUGUGAGCGAAUCUGGACUGAGCAGCUGUUUAAGAGAAGAUCUAAAAGUAAAACAUCCCCCAAAAUCAUAGUGGUCAGUGGGGUGGCAGGUACUGGGAAGACCACCAUGGUACAGAAGAUCAUGUGUGACUGGGCCAAAGGCACUCAAUACCAGAGGUUUGCGUUUGUCUUCCUGUUUAAAUUCAGGGAGCUCAACCUCCUGGACAAUAAGAUACAGAUGUCUCUGAGCGCACUGAUUGAAAUGCACUAUGAACAUCUCACUCAUGACAAACUCAUAGAAAUUCUGCAGAAACCCGAAUCUCUACUCUUCAUACUCGAUGGACUGGAGGAAUACAAACACAAACUGAACUUCACACCGAGUCAGCUCUGCUCAGACCCAGAUGAUGAGGUGCCUGUCCACAUCCUGGUCACCAGUCUGGUGAGUCAGACAUUACUGAAGGGCUGCUCAGUCCUGAUCACAAGCAGACCACCAGCUCUGGGGUCUCUGGACAUGGAGAGAGUUGAUGGAUUUGUAGAAGUUGUAGGAUUCUUCUCUGAACAAAAACUGGUGUACUUUAAGAAGUUCUUUGGUGACGCUGAUGUGGGCACCAAGGCUUUUCAGUGCAUGGAGGGUAACACCAUCUUGUACUCCAUGUGCGUCAGCCCCUCGUACUGCUGGAUUAUCUGCUCUGCACUGAAGAGCCACCUCAUGACACCUAAGGAAGAGCGAGGGACAGCCCCCAGAACUGUCACUGAGAUCUUUGUGAUGUUCCUUCACAACAUCCUGACCAAUCACAGGCGAGAAGAUGAUGACCAAAGGAGGAUUCUGAUAAGUCUAGGAAAGAUGGCUUAUUAUGGGGUGGACAACAGGACUGAUGUGUUUAAUGAGAAACAGGAGAUAUCCACCUUUGGUCUCCAGCCAGUCUUGUCCUCUUCGUUCCUCUCUUGCUUUCUGCAAAGACAAAGCACUCUGGAACACACGACGUACACCUUCUACCACUUCACCCUGCAGGAGUUCAUGGCUGCCUGCUCCUUCUACCUCGAUCCAUCAGGGGUUGUCGAGGAGCUGCUGAAAAAGCGAGACUUGUGUAAAGAUGGCAGAUUUGAGAUUGUCACUCGAUUCCUGGCAGGACUGGCUUGGUGCUCUGCACUUACAACAGUGGAGGGAAUCCUGGGGGAGUUUGAAGGGACGACCACACAGCGGAUACAGGAGUGGGUGAAGCAGAAAGCUAAACAGGCGCUACAAGGGGCAGGGCGAGGUGAAGCUCUUCAGGUUUGUCACUGGCUCUAUGAGACUCAGAAUGAGGAGGUGAUCAGAGACGCCAUUGGGAAGAACUUAAACAUGAGCUUUAUCAGUAUGACUUUAUCUCCUCUGGACUGUGCUGUGCUGGCCUCUGUCAUCAGCUGCUGUGGAGAACUUCAGCUCCUUAACCUGUCAUACACACCUCUGACCCCCGAGUGCAUGAGGAGAUUGGCAAAGGGGCUCAGCUGCUGCAGUGAAGUGUGGCUCAGGUCAUGUCGUCUCACUGCCAGAUGUUGCUCAGCUCUAUCUUCCACUCUCUCUGCCCAAAACUCACAUGUGACUGAACUGAUGCUGAGUGAGAACAACAACAUGGAGGACUCAGGAGUGGAGCAGCUGUGUGAGGGGCUCAGGAGUCCAAACUGUGAACUGAAGAAACUGCGGUUGGUCUCUUGUGGUCUCACCUCGGCCUGCUGCUCAGCUCUCUCCUCGGUCCUCUCGUCUCCAAACUCACGGCUGACAUUUCUGAACCUGGACAAGAACAACAUGGGAGAUUCAGGGGCUCGUCAGCUGAGUGGGGGGCUCAGGAGUGACAACUGUAAAUUAGAGGAACUGUGGCUGCAGUUUAACGGGAUCAGUGAGAGUGAGAAGAGGAACCUGAGGUCACUACAGGAGGAGCGGAGGAGGCCUGGACGUCAGCUGACUAUCUACAUAUGAGAAGACCAGCAGUGGUGAUCAGACUGACCCCUGUCAGUGAUGGAACCCCCCGUCCAGUCUCCCCUAAAUUCUCCUCUUUCUUCUUUUUCUUCUCCUCUCAGCUCUGCUCCUCAUUUAAUAAACUCUCCGUGUCCCCUCA